CUCGUAUUUUCGUUAGCCGCAUGAUCAGGGCGCUUUAUCGGCGCCUGCCCCCACCGUCGUGCGCUGCCCACACACGGUGCCAUCCGUGCGCUGCCCUCGACGCCGCCGCCGCGCCGCACGGAGACCUCGAAGCUGCCCCAAGGAGCUUAGCCCAUCGCACAGCGGUCCCACCGUCGCGCCGACUCGCGGCUGCCCCGGGGACCAUGACCUCGCUCCAGACGACCCAGGCCUACCAGGUGACCUACGACUAUGGGAAGGAGGGCGCUUUGGUGGACGCGCUGCUGGGCGGCGACGUCCCCGAGCGACGCACGCCGCGCAAGGCGAAUCAAGCGCAGGUCGCGGCGUUACCGGAUGACGACGACGACGGGUCGUUCGGGGAGUCGGACGACGACGAGGCCGAGCAGCGACUACAAACAAUCCAGCAGAAGGUCUUCUCGCCCGAAAAGGCGCCGUCGCCGGUUCCGGAGCCUUCACCAGUCCAAGAGCCGGACAUCCCGGACGAGCUCCGGCAGAAGCGCCAGCAAGUAAAGAACUACCAGGUCAUGCUCGAGGCCUUAGCGCCCGUGCCCGGCGUAAAUCCGGAAACGAUCUACGCGGGCAUUAAUGGAGCGGAGGUCGAUGUGAGGGACGCGAAGAUCAUCCAGCUCGCGAAGAAGGCCCGGAAUUAUACCGUAGCUUUGGCGUCGGAGCGCGAGAAGAACCGGAAGCUUGCGCUGGACUUCGAGCGGCUGAAGAUCGACGCGACGGCCCUCGCGAAGGAGCUCAAGGCGCGCGGGCCGCUCGACCCCGACGCGGCGCGCUACCCGUUCCAGGAGAACCAGGCGCCCGCCAAGGAGGCGCCCGUGACGAAGGCCUCGCAGCGCGAGCGCCGCGCCGAGAAGCGGUCCGCGGAGUUGAGGCAUAAGCUCGAGACGGAGCGCGCGGAGACCGAUAAAUUAAGACGCGCGUUGGUAAGGGAGGUCGGCGACAAGCUCGAGGACGCGCUGGCGAAUGAGGGCGAGGGCUGGAAGGGCCGCGCGCAGCAGAUCGUCAUGCUGAAGAAUAAAGUCAGACGCUUGGAACGGGAGGUCUCGGAGUCGGGCGUGCGGAAGCGGCCGCCGCGUAGAGAUGUGGACGCCGUCGCUCAGAGAGAACUAGAAGAAGCGCGCAAGGAGCGGGAACGGGAGAUCCAGGAGGUCUUCGAGCAGAAGGAGUCGCUGCAGCGCGAGGUCGUCAAGGUCAGGGAGACGCUCCAGGCGUCGCAGGCCCGCGUCGUCGCGCAGACGCAGGAAGUCCAGCGGAAUAAAGACCACAUCAAGAGCCUGCUGGAGAAGGGCGACGGCGACGACGAGCUCGUGGACGCGUUAAGGAGGGAGGUCGCGGCGCUGAAGGACGGCUUGAGGGAGCGCGACGCGAGGAUCAAAGUACUUGAGCGGGAGAAGAGCACGGUCCGCGUCGCCCGCGGCGGCAAGACGACGCAGCAGAGCGGCACGCAGCAGGACGUGGCGAGGCUCGAGCGCGACAACGCGCGGCUCCAGAAGCAGGUCGAGCACCAGGCCAAACAAUUAAAAAAGAGACGCCAGCCGGACAAGGCGCCGGUCUACGCCGGGCCCGAGCCCGUCAUUAAACCUGCGACGCCGCCGCGCGCCGCGCGGCCCGCGACGCCUCCCCAAGAGCUGUCCUUCGCCGAGCGGUGGGCCGGCGCGGGCGACGACGCCGAUAUGCGCCGGCCGGGCGGCAGCCCGCCGCCGCAGCCCCUCCUUCCGCGGGACGACGACGCGGCCGGCGUCUUCUCGCCGUCGCGGACGCUGCCCGCGCGGCCGUCCGGCGUCGACCGCGGGCCCCAGUCUUCUCUGGACGCGCCGCGGGGCCGGCGGCCGGCACCGCGAAACGACGACGGCGCCGGCAUCUUCUCGCCGAGCCGCCUGCCGCCGCAGCCGGACGUCGCGCAGCAGGCCGAGCGGGCCGCGUUCGAGGAGCUCCGGGCCGAGCGACGGCGGGAAGCGACGCUCAGAAGGCUCGUGGACGCCGAGGCGAAUGCCCAGGCGCAGCGGGAGGAGGAGGAGCGGCUCUGGCGCGCCGACGCCGCGCGCCGGCCCGCGACGCCCGAGGGCUGGACGCCGCCCGUGGACGGGGGCGAGUCGGACGGGUGGUCGGACUAACUAUACUUUCUGGUUAUUUUCAUCGAUCGAUCGGUCGGGUUAGAGGUCGGCGGCGCUGGCGGCGGACCGGGGGUAGAGUACAGCAGUGGGUCGGCGAAGGGGGUGUCGUCGCCGCGGGGUUAAACUACCGAGGCAGUCCCGCGGCGGACCGGGC